GCUCCUUCCUGCCGCGAAACCGGGCUCCGUGGGGAGGAAGCAGGAGGGUGGCAGAAGGGCGCUUGCUUCGUCCUGCCUCCUGGUGUCCUUGAAGGAGGGUCCCGGACAUUUCACCCUGGAGGAGUGGGUUUGUGCUGGAUCCAGGCCAAAGGAAAGUCAUGGAGGAAAACGAUGGGAAUCUCUCGGCUUCCUUGGGGAAUGUGUGUGAGGUAGCAAAUGAAAGGGAAAGCGAUAAAGUAUCAGAUGUGGCAAAGAAUUUCGGGAAUCGGCAUAGAAUGAAGAAGCAGAAGGGCAAGCUUAGAAAGAAGCAGAGGAAUAAAUCCAUUGCUUGUCUGGAUGGUGACUUCCAUGAAAUACCAGUUCAUGGAAAAACGUCAGGAAGGACCAAUAAACCUGAUAAUGGGGAAAAGCUUGCUCAUAAGUCAGAACUUGCUAACUAUUGGGAAACGAGCACAGGAAAGAAACCCUUUAAAUGUUUGGAGUGUGGAAAGAGAUUCAGUCGGAGUGGAAGUCUUACGCUACACUUAAGAACUCACACAGGGGAGAAGCCAUUUAAAUGCCUGGAGUGUGGAAAGAGCUUCAGUCAGAGUGGAAGUCUUACGCUACACUUAAGAACUCACACAGGGGAGAAGCCAUUUAAAUGCCUGGAGUGUGGGAAGAGCUUCAGUUCGGGUCAUGUACUUACUUCACAUCAAAGAAUUCACACAGGGGAGAAGCCUUUUAAAUGUCUGGAAUGUGGGGCAUGCUUCCGUCAGAGUGGAGAUCUUGCAGUACAUCGCAGAAUUCACACAGGGGAGAAACCGUUUAAAUGCCUUGAGUGUGGAAAGAGCUUCAGUACGCGUAGUCGCCUUAACUCCCAUCACAGACGUCACACAGGGCAGAAACCUUUUAAAUGUCUGGAAUGUGGAAACUGCUUCAGUUCAAGGGGAGAGCUUACUUUGCAUUGCAGAAUUCACACAAUGGAGAAACCAUUUACAUGUCUGGAGUGUGGAAAGGCAUUCAGUCGGAGUAGCAACCUGGCUUGCCAUCAGAGGAUUCAUACAGGGGAGAAACCGUAUCAAUGCAUGGAGUGUGGAGCGAGCUUCCCACGGAGUCAUCACCUUACUGCUCAUCAAAGAAUGCACACAGGGGAGAAGCCAUUUAAAUGCCUGGAGUGUGGGAAGAGCUUCAGUCGGGGUGAUAUACUUACUUCACAUCAAAGAAUGCACACAGGAGAGAAACCCUAUCAAUGCUUGGAGUGUGGAAAGAGCUUCUAUUGGAGUUCUGAUCUGACUAAACAUAGUCGAACCCACACAGGAGAGAAACCAUUUAAAUGUUUGGAAUGUGGGAAGAGCUUCAGUCAACGCUCAUCCCUUACUGUACAUGAAAGAACUCACACAGUGGAGAAACCAUUUGAAUGCCUGGAGUGUGGGAAGAGCUUCAGUCUGAAGUGUCACCUUACUUCCCAUCAAAGAAUUCACGCUGAAGAGAAACCGUAUAAAUGCCUGGAGUGUGGGAAGAGUUUCCGUUGGUCCGAGCAACUUACUGUACACAAAAGAAGCCACACAGGAGAGAAACCAUUUAAAUGCCAGGAAUGUGGGAAGAACUUCAUUCAGAAGUGUGACCUUACUAGACAUCAAAGAAUUCACACUGGAGAGAAAUCGUUUAGAUGCCUGGAGUGCGGAAAGACCUUCCGUCGGAGUCAUCACCUUACUUCCCACCAAAAAACUCACACUGGAGAGAAGCCAUUUAAAUGCAUGGAGUGUGGGAAAAGGUUCCGUUCUGGCCAUCACCUUACUAUACAUCAUAGAAUCCACUUAGUGGAGAAACCUUUUAAAUGUAUGGAGUGUGGAAAGUGCUUCAGGAAGAGUGGGCAGCUUAUUUCACAUCAAAGAAGACAUGCCAAGCCAACAUUUUAAAUGCCUGUCGUGUGGAAAGAGCUUCUGAUGGAAACAUUGUCUGACUUCACUUCAAAAAACGAUGGAAAUGCUGCCAAUAUGCUGAAACCUAUUCUCAUCAAUCAAUCAAUGUACCUUUAUUGGCAUAAAACAACCACAAACCAUACAAAAACAUCAUGACAUUCUCCAGACAAACUAGUACUCUUACAUUGUGCAAAACAGCCUGCUAGUAUAAUAGACAGUACUAAUCUCCCUGCUGACUAUUCCACCAUGCCUCUGGGUGUUGCUCCCGGUCUUUGAUAGGUCAUUACAUAAUGGGUAAAUAAUGCAACAUUUUCAAGCAUUCCCCUCCCCCCCCCCCCACCGGCAGAUAAUAGGGUCUUGCUCCAUCUACAACUCGGAUAGUUUGCCCUUCUCAAC